ACCCAGUUAGCUCAAAUGGGCAUUUCCUAUAUUAAUGGAACAAAAAGGAAGAGAGAGAGAGGAGAGAUCGUUGUUCCCAUUGAUGGAAACAAAAGCCAUGGAAGAGUGUACGAGAAAAGUGAUGCAAGUGAGAUAAUAAGAGAGAAAAGAAGAAAGAGAGAGAGCGUGGAGAAUGGUUGGGCUUCACUAGUAUUGCUCUUGCCACUUGUGAUGUACUUCUGCUGGGAAAAACUAGUGCCCAAUAAGUCCGGCAGGCUUCCUCCCGGCCCGACGGGCCUCCCCAUAGUGGGCAGCCUCCACAAGCUCGGCGCCAAACCCAAUGAGGCCCUCACGGCCCUUGCUAGGACGCACGGCCCCAUCAUGACCCUCCGACUCGGCUUCCUCACCACAGUCGUCGUCUCCUCCUCAGACAUGGCCAGAGAGGUGUUGCAGAAGAAUGACCAGGCCUUUGCAGGGCGUGUCAUCCUUGAUGCCGUCACGGUCGAUUCCCACCACAACUUCUCGAUUGCAUGGGGCCAGGUCGGCCCCUACUGGCGCACCCUCCGCCGCCUCUGCAACACUCAGCUCUUCACCACCCAGCGUCUUGAUGCCCUCCAGGCCCUCCGCCACCGCAAGGUCCAUGAGCUCCUGGAGCUUGUGGAUCAGUACAGCGAUGCUCGGAAAGCAGUCCACAUGGGCCGUAUGGCCUUUGUCACUUCGUUGAAUCUGUUAUCGAACAUGAUCUUCUCAUCGGACAUGGUCGAUCCCCAGUCCGAGUCUGUGGGGGAGCUGAAGGAGCUCAUAUGGUCGAUCAUGGAGGGGGUUGGGACCCCUAAUAUUGCAGACUAUUUCCCAUUCCUCAGGCCUUUGGACCCUCAGGGAAUCAAGCGCAAAAAUAUUGUUCAGGUGAGGAGAUUGCACCAGCUGCUAAAUGAGAAAAUCGAUGAGCGAGUGGGGGCUCGAGAGAGAGGGCAACCCAUUUACGGUGACUUCAUUGAUGUCCUUCUCGAUUAUUCCGAUCAGGAGAGUGGUUCCAAAUUCAGCCGCGCAGGGAUCUUGGCGCCGCUCGUGGACAUGUAUUUGGCAGGGAGUGAUACUACUGCGACAACAUUGGAGUGGGCGAUGGCUGAACUACUUCACAACCCCGAAAAGAUGGCCGCCGCUAAACAAGAGCUCAAAGAGAACAUAGCUGGCUCAAUGCACACAGUCCAAGAGUCAGACCUAGGACGACUGCCAUACUUGCAAGCAGUGGUGAAGGAGACCUUGCGGUUGCAUCCACCUGUGCCGCUUCUCCUCCCUCAUAGAGCAGAUGUCACUGUAAAAGUGUCUGGAUAUGUCAUACCAGAGCACACGCAGGUAUUAGUAAAUGCCUGGGCCAUAGGUAGAGAUGUUCAGGUGUGGGAAAAUCCAACAGCCUUUAUUCCAGAAAGAUUUGUGGGGUCGAAUAUCGAUUUCAAAGGGAGAGAUUUCCAGUAUAUUCCAUUUGGGGCAGGCCGGAGGAUAUGCCCUGGUCUUCCUCUCGGCGUCCGUAUGGUGCACAUAAUGCUUGCUUCGUUAUUGCAUUCGUUCUAUUGGGAGCUUCCUGAUGGGUUGAAACCAGAGGAAAUGGAUAUAAAGGAUAAGUUUGGGGUCACAUUGCAGAAAGCAGUUCCUUUGGUAGCCGUACCAGUAAAAUACCUAGGAGGGGUUGCUGCAUAAGCUUGACACCAGUGGGAAAUGUUUUAAGAAUAAUCGUUUUGAUUAAUCUUAACUUUUGUGAAAUUAUUUUGCCAUACAAUUGUCCGCUUGAACUGUAAAAAGCUUAAAGAGCAGUGUUAUAUGGAAACCAACUCAAUUUCCCUGUUUUAUUGGAGAAUCAAAAGAGAUAUAACAUGAACAGUUUUUAUACAA